GGGGGUUUACGUACUUUGGGCGUAUACAUUAAUUUCUAACCUAACAUCAAUCAGUGUCACUUGUGUUACUCAACUUUCAUGCAUUACAUUGUUUUGAGCGUUUCGCAAAUUAUAUAUGAUUUGUUAGUAACGUUAUGUAGGGAAAUGGAGUUACGUUAUUCCACGUGCAUUAAAUGACAACGUACGAAUAUAUAUAGUUAAAGCUGUUCGUCAUAAUGUAACAUUAAAAUGAAGUAAUAGAAGAUUCGAUGGAUAUCCACAGCAGCAUAAGUUAAUAUUCUUUGUUGACGGCAAAUAAUUCCGAAAGAAAUUUUAUUGGGGGGCACAAAAGGUACAUUAUCAAAGCACAAAUUCACAUAGAAAGUGAAUGUUUUUCGUUCUUCAAUAUGUGCGAAGACGCCCGCAUUAAAGAGCAAUGGCAACUUUUACAAUGUCUUCGAACUACUGUAGAGUGUUUAUUAGUCGAUGGUGUUUUGAACGUAUGGAAUGUUUACGGUGGUUUAAAUCGCCUUCACAAUGUAAUGGAACGGAUAUUCAAACAUGGCUGUCGAAUAUUUAAUCGAAAUGGAGAACCAGAUUGUUGGAUCUUCAUUCAAGGAUUAAACUGGCUACAACCCUCUUUAGCAGUAUCCCCCGUUUUAUCAGAAGUUGAAGAUUAUCUGUCAAAUUUACCAGCAAGAAUAACAUCGCAAAAAGACAUGUUAUGGCUGUAUAAAAGCUUGGAGAGUCAUUCUUUGUCACAUAAGCUUUCCUGGCUUUUGUCUGAUAAGGAACACUUACUUUCUUGUUUUGAACAAUGGGCAUUUUUGUGCCAAGAAAAUUUAGCCGAAGCCACAUUAUUAUGUUUAAGAGCAGUCGAACGAAAUCAGCCUGUACUGCUUACAGAAAUUGAUCCAUCUUUGUUUUUACCCUGUUGGGUUUCUCCUAAAAUAAGUCCCAGACGGCAUCAGCGAUCUUCGUCGUAUCCGAUUAAUUUUCCUACCACAAAUUUCAACAUGGCUAGAGAUAGAAGUAUGCAUGUUGAGAAAUGUCAAUUAGAAUCGUUAAGAAUAUCAUCAGAUAAUACAACCGUUCAACAUAAUGAUAUUAAAUCCGAAGAAAAUCAUGAUAAAAUAAAUUUUAAAGAAGUUAACGAUAUACCUUUAAAGACUUGGAAUAGCCUUUCUACAUUGACUAAAAAUUGUAAAAUUCCAGGAACAAAUUCACCUGCUUCUUCAUUGACAGUUGCAGACACUAGCUCAAACAAAAGUAGCGAUUCUCAAAUCUGUCCGGUUGAAUUAUCAAAAAUAAUUAACGUAGAUUACACCGAUGUAAAACAGCCUAUGCCUGCAGCUGUGGAUAGCACAUCAUUGACAAGGCCAAGAACUCCCUCAAGAAAAAUAAAACACAAAGUUAAAACUAAACAGAAUCAAAUUAAUAAGAAAUUCAGUGAUUCAUUAAGUAAUGAAGGCUCGUUAGGAGAUACUGUAAGAAAAUAUAGUAUUCCAUCUCUCAUAUCAAAUGAAAGUAAUAUAAACAGAUCUGUGACAGAUUCUGCGAAAAUCAAGGCAUCUCAAAAACCAAGAAAAAAAUCUUCUUUUUUGUCAGGAUCAGCACCUGAAUUCAGUGGUUCGUGGAGCUUAGAGAUUGAGGGUCAGAAAGAUAUUAGAACGCCGAAAAAAAGUUUUAUGGAAGAUGGAGGAAGUAGUGUUCAGCCUAUGGCGAUCGGAUAUUUUCCGCGUCCAAUAAAGGGUCAAAGCUUGACGAGCUUUUUAGCCUCCGCACAAUUUUCGAGAACAAAUGCCGAAUUGGACAGAGAGAACGCGCACUUCAGCGUCUCCGAAGCCAUGAUUGCUGCUAUCGAACAAGUAAAGUGUAACAAACAGUGGUGCCUCGUGGAAGAAGCAGUCGAGGAGAGCGACGAAGAAAUAAAUAAUUUAAAGCAAAGAAUAAGGUUGAGACGCCGUCAGCGGCAAGAGGAGCGAUGCAAAGGGAAAACGUGGAAUCGUGAUUUAUUGAGCGAUGGGAAAACGGACACAACUACUACCGAUCAAAGUGUUAGCCCUUUGUCUACUUCAUCCGAUACACCAUCUGAGAAUAUUUCUACGGAUGAUGUGGAGGAUCUGGAAGUAGAGGAUGAGCGAAACGCGCUAAAGCUGAGGAAUGCUGGGAUAUCUAUAUCUAUGGCGUAUUUGUACUCUGAUGCAGAUUUGUUUCAAUCGUCUCUUGUGCAUGGAACAGAGUUGACGUUGACUGAGAGCAGUAUGUCCGCGGAAGGUGUGGCUCUGUCACUUAUCAGCAGGUUUAGCGAAAAACAAUUACCAAGGGCAAGCGAAUUGCAGUGGCUUGUUUCCGAAAAGGAGGCACCACAGAGCUUGUUACCAAUGCCAAAAAGCUGGCCAAUUAACCCAGACGAAGCUGAACAGCCAAUUCCGCUGCGCGGAACUAUAGAAUGGGCUCCGCCAAGACCUCAAAUUAUUUUCACAUUACAUCCACCACCCGCACGGAGAACUCUCAUAGCUAAACAGAAUUAUAGGUGUGCCGGAUGUGGAAUGAAAGUAGCUGUAAAAUAUGCAAAUAAAUUUCGCUAUUGCGAAUAUUUAGGCAGAUAUUUCUGCACUGGUUGUCACACCAAUCAAGUGACGUUAAUACCAGGAAAGAUUUUAUCUAAAUGGGAUUUCAACAGAUAUCCCGUGUCAAAUUUUUCGUACAGAUUGUUAGAUCAAAUGAUGUUAGACCCGUUGUUUCAAGUGAAUGAUUUAAAUCCGCUACUUUACAGGCGCAUCAAACAGUUAGAUAGAACGAGAUUAUUACGAACACAGUUAUUUUUCUUUAAAGACUUUUUAUUUACGUGCCGUUUUGCAUCAAGCGUCCAAGAAGUGUUGAAAAAGGAAUCAAAUUAUAUAAUAAGCGAUCCUCAUGUGUAUUCUAUUCAAGAUUUGAUACACGUUAAGUAUGGCAUUCUACCUGUAAAAUUGCAAGAAUUAGUUCAAGUAUGCAACAUGCAUAUUAUAGGCUGUGAGUUGUGUCAAGCUAGGGGAUUUGUAUGCGAGUUGUGUUAUUCCAAAGACGUUAUAUUUCCAUGGGAAUUGUCGAAAGUUAGUAGGUGCGAAAUGUGUGGUGCAUGUUUUCACAAUGAGUGCAAGCAAAAGUUUAACAAAGCAGACUGCCGACGUUGUAUUCGUAUACACGAUAGACGAAUUUCUAGAGAGGAAACAUUUUGACACACGGUGAAUUUAUCGCAUAUUACAUGCAUGUUCAUAGAAAUCGAAUUCGUGCUCUGAAGGAUG